GGGCCACCAACUCCUGCGCGCCUCCAACCUUUUUCCUGACAAAACCUGAUCUGAAGGAACCUGCAUUGUUACUCAUAUAUUUCCACAAUGAAGGUUGGAAGCCAGAUGAAGCAGAUGAACAAGUCUCUGAGGGAGAAGAGGGCCAAGCUCUACAUCAUCCGCCGCUGCGUGGUCAUGCUUCUCCGCUGGAGUGAUUGAUCCGCCAUGAUCGAUCGUCCCCCGCUUGUUCCAGUCGGCCGUCGUCGUCUCGUCACCCCCGGCCCCUCGCCGGUUUUUUGGAUCUUUUUUUGGCCCCCG